AUGGCAGACAGGACACACAGGUUUACUCUUGUCAAUGACUCUAAAGAUUUCGCAUUCCAUUUGAAACCUGGUCCAUGGGAAGACUGUGCAUGGCUGUCACAAGCUUUGAAUAUCUUCCACGCCCUUGGAAUCUCACUGGACAAAGAUCUCUCAAUAUGCAAACUCAUCUUGCCACAUAUUCAGUUGAUACAAGAAAUUGAUGGCUCUCAAGUUGCAUGUCAGCGAUGUAAGAGCGUUCCACCCAUUUAUGUUUUCGUACUUCCCCUACCCCUCUCCUGUUUACCCAACCACUUCUGGUCUCAUGAUGAAAAUGGACAAACUCACAUUCCGAACGAGACAUGCAAAUACUUAGGUCUUCCCACCAAGCUUCCCAUACACGUAUACUCCAACUAUCAAUACACUUGGCCCAAGAAUUCUGCCAAGAUGUACAACCAGAUUCACAAGUGGCAAAUGCUACGAGGAUUUGACCCGAAUACCACCGACUUUGCGCACUACCUCGCAUAUCCUGUCUAUGAAGUCGUACACCCAGAAUCAAGUUGA